GGGUGUUACAGAGUUGGCUGCAGACCAGUGGAAAGGACGAAGUGAUGGAAAAAAAUGCUAUCUGUCAAGAGUUGAAGGACUUGGAGGAGCUCAUCGACAGGCUGUCCACUAAGCUGGAAAAACAGAAACCGGUGAUGUUGCUGCACGCAAAGAGAAUCCAGCAUUUGCAGACUGUCCUCCGGAGUUUAGGACUUCAUGCUCCUCAUCAAAAAACAGAAGAGUCAGAAUCUCAAAACUCUGCAUUUCCAACAUGACAGGAAUAAUGGAGAGCGUGACGGGCUCACCUGCUGAUUGUUUGAACUGUUGUUCACUUGCCAGCAUCACAUUUUAAAAAAAUAGUCUGAUCUUAGAACUGAAUCAGCACAUGCAUAUUUAACUACUCUGUGCUUAUGUCUUUGCUGCCCUCAGCUGGUGGGGACCAAUUUGAAUGGUUCUUAUUAAUUAUUGUGUAAAAUGUCUUCGGCAUUCCCAAAACAUAAACGUCAAGUGCCUUAAAGGAACACUCAGCUCUAUAGCUGUAAAUCCAGCAAAACAUUGAAUAGGGGUUGUCCUUGUUGCAGAUGGUGCAAAAUAUUUUCCAUAUGUGUGCAAAGAGUGACUUUACUGUUUUCGGAGGAGGUGCCCUUACGCAAUAGGUCUGCUAUUACCCUGUUUGUAGCAGUGCUUCUAGUACUUCAGAAAAUCACUGAACUAAAAUCACAGAUUUUAGUUUAACAGAGAGGACUGCGGUCUGUUUGCAGAGUUAUUAUAUCUUUGAUCAAGAGCAAGUCAAAAUGCAAGGAUUUUAUCCCAUUUUACUCUUUUCCAUCUUUGUGUGCUCUGUAAGUGCUAAGAAGAUGCGAUGGUGCGCAGUGUCAGAUCCUGAACAGAGGAAGUGUGCAGAACUAGCUAAAGCUCUGGCAGCAGUGGUGUCACCAGCCACUCUGGCAGCUUUUGCCAGACUUUCAUGCAUACGAGCAUCUAGCACAACUGACUGCAUCAAUAGGAUCAAGGCUAAUCGUGCUGACAUUGUAACUUUAGAUGCAGGAGAAAUUUACUCAGCUGUCAAGCAGUUUGACCUUGUAGCCAUUGCUAAGGAGAUCUACAGUGAUGGAGGCUGUACUCUGUCUGUGGCUGUGGUGAGAAACAGCAGCUUGGACAUACGAUCCCUGCAGGGCCACAGGAGCUGUCACAGCGGAGUUCGAUGGACAGCUGGAUGGAGUCUCCCGCUCGGCUUCCUGCUGUCCCGAAACUACCUGAGCUGGGCAAAGGAGCAUCCGCUUAGUCAGGAUGUCAGCACUUUUUUCAGUGCCAGCUGUAUUCCUGGUGCUGGUGCGAUGGCACCUCCUCUGUGCACUUUGUGCCAGGGCCAGAAGUCUUACAUACGCCAGAAGAAUUACCACUGCGAAACAUCCCACAGCGAGCUCUUCUACAACAACCAGGGAGCUCUCAGAUGUCUCAGGAGGGGGAUAGGGGAUGUUGCAUUUGUGGACCAUUUAGCACUUGAAACUAUUGAAGAGAGUGAGCGUGAUGAGUUCAGGUUACUGUGUACUGAUGGCACACAAGCUCCCCUCAGCCAGUACAGAAGCUGUAAUCUGGGUCGUGGUCCAGGAGGGGGCAUGGUCACCAGAGUUAAUUUUCGCAAGGUUGUUCGCAAAUUUCUAGCAACUGUGCAGACGCUGUUUGGUCGGCAAGGAAGAGAAAGGCAGCGCUUCCAACUCUUCAGCUCCUCAUCUUUUGGAGAAAACGAUCUUCUCUUCAGAGAUGUGACUGAGAAACUCGUUGUCCUGCAAGACGACAUAGAUGUCAGUCAGGUGCUGGGGCUGGAUUAUGUGGCGCUGCUCAAAGGACUUGGGCAUGAAGGAAGCUCACUGGAGGACAGUGUCAUUAGAUGGUGCUGCAUCAGCUAUGCAGAGCAGAAGAAGUGUGAGCAGUGGGCGCUCAGCAUAAAGUCUGACCCACUGGUGUGCGUCAGAGCUGUCUCAAUGCGUGACUGUAUCGAGAAAAUUAAGAGGGAUGAGGUGGACGCUGUCUCGCUGGAUGCCACGCAUUCGUUCAUCGCAGGGAAGUGUGGUCUUGUCCCCGUUGUGACGGAAUAUUAUGGUAGGACUGUUGCAGAAUAUAAUAAUGUAAUCGCGUGCUUUUCUGUGUCACUCUUGUGUUGUUGGGUUUUCACAGGAAAAAACUGCGUGCCUGCUGAAGGAUCCACUCACUUGGAGACAGAUGUCUUUCCCUCAGUUGUGGGUUUAGCAGUCGCAAAGCGCUCCAGCAGGAACAUAUUCAUCGGGAAUCUCGGAGGCCGUCGCUCCUGCCACAGCAACACCUACAGCCCUGCAGGCUGGCUCCUGCCAUACAGACACAGCUUAAGCCUGGCGAACAACAGCAGCUCCCCCUGUGAUCCUGACAAAGUGUACAAUGAGGUGUUUUGGAAAAGUUGUCUUCCUGGAUCUGAGGGUAAUCUUUGCAAGGUAUGCAUCGGAGGCACAGGGGAGACUGCAACCAAACGCUGCACUGAAAAUCACAAUGAGCGUUACUAUGGAAAUAUGGGAGCUUUAAGGUGCUUAGUUGGAGAUCGCAGCGGGAAAAGCUAUGGUGACGUGGCCUUUCUCGAGCAACACAGCCUUCACACAAACAUCCUCGGUCUGAACACCACUGGCUGGGCAGAGGGGUGGUCAUCGUCAGACUUUGAGUUGCUGUGUGCUGACGGUCGCCGGGCCCCAUUGUCAGACUGGGAGACUUGUAAUCUGGGAGUCAUCCCACCAAACACCGUCAUGACACGGCCCGUGCUCACAGCACGAGUGUACGACUUCCUUAUGAAGUCACAGGAAGCUCUGGCCGUCAACUCAAACACAGAGUUCAGGCUCUUUGAGUCUCAUCAAUAUGGAGAAAGUGAUUUGCUGUUUAAAGAUGCAACGCAAUGCUUUGCCCACACGAGUCACAUGGACUACCGCUCCAUCCUCGGAGAGGAGUUCUACACCCACGCAGACACGGUCUUCAACUGCACACACUCUGAUAUAUUGGAGUUUUGCAAUCAAGAUGUGUGCAGCAUAUUUUAAUGGACCCACCAACAAGAACAACGCAACCUCUGUGCUUCAGUUUUUCCACUCUUCAUCCACAUACUUGUUGUGUCUGCAAACCAUCACUUUUUAUCAUCAUGUUCACAAAAAACUCAAUAAAAUGUUAAAAUGUUGGGAUUUUUUUUACUUUUUACUACAUUUAGAUGCCAUCUGAACUAAAAAUGAUGAGGGAUGUGUAAUCUUUGUGUUUUUCAAAGACACAAAAACUACAUUUAAGCAUGACAGUAAAUGCAAGAAUUCAUUGUCAUACUGAUUUUAUCUUAUGACAUUCUCUCAGCAAAAUGUCACACAUAGAACCUGUUAUAAUGCCCAGCACUGCUCUUAUCUCUGUACUACAUAUAUUGUGCUAUAAUUACCUCUUUUGUCAGAUUUGUUGUGUGCCUUUAACUUAACUUUGUUUGUUAUGUUAAGAAUUAAUAAGUUUCUGCUUUUCUUCUGUCAUUAUGGUAAGCAAAGAAAGCCUAAAGAGCCACUCCAUGAGGCUGCACCGAUGACAGAAUGACAUUGUAGUUUGUUUAAGUGUGUAUCAUUUGUAUGCUUUCACCUUUAAAGCUGGUAAAAUGAUUUGUUUAGUAUAAAUUGUAAUUUUGCAGACAGGUGAGAAAUUAAAGGAUCACCUUGAACCCUUGUUCAAGGUGAUCCUUUCCAGUGGUUGGCACAUGUUCACUUCAAAGAUAAUACAAAGAUAAUACAUUUUAAUGUACACUACCAAACCUCAUUUAAUGU